GGUUCCUCUUUACAAAUUAAGCUUUUUGUUUGAAAAGUGAUUUCUUUUUCCUUUCAUCACUUAAGUAUAAAAGGCUCAUGUAACAUUUGCUUUGUAAAUUGUACAGCAACAAUACAUUGUGAAUGCAUUGUAUAUUUCUUGGAGUGGUUUAUCUUUGAUGGAGCCGCACGGUGGCGCCAAAACUUUGACUAUAAAGCACUUUAUCUGCUUGAUAAAUGUUUGAAAUAUUUAAUUUGUAAAAACGUAUGUAGUUUUGAUGUUGACGUAAUAUUAAAGAUAAUCUUUGUUUAAACAGCUGAGGGAAUCCUAAUAAAUCAUCUCGCAUAAUUCAGGGAUAAGAUGUUUCUUGACGACUAGAUGAAAGGUUUUGUAGAACAGAUAGAGAUGUUUAUAGAGUAUUCAGAUUUACGCUCGUUUGAAGUUUAGAGUUUAAUCUGACGUCACAAGAUGUCAGUGUAAUAUGAGUGUUGUCGGAAUGUUUCAUCUCUGACUCAUUGUAAAGAAAGGUUUAUUGUGGGAGGGGCUUGAACGGCAGUGCUGAAUCUCUAUUUCAGUUCUACACACAAGAGAAACUUCUGCUAGUAAAAGUGAUUGACUUUCAUGAGUAUUAUAUUUGUUCUGAAGUAUGGAAAAACACGUGUAGAUCUACCGGCUACAGGAACACAGGUGUGAAGAUGAUUCCUGUGAAUGAGUUCCGGAGCAUCACAACAGAACAGAACCCGAAGUUCAGGGUUCUGAAGCCGUGGUGGGACGUGUUGUCCGAAUAUCUGGGCAUUGCCAUGCUCAUGAUUGGGGUGUUCGGCUGCACAGUUCAGCUGACACAGGAGAAGAUUUCUUGCCUGCCAAACCACUUCACGGAUCUCUCGAGAGGAGACAUGAACUGCAGUCAUCUACAAGAGCACAAAGAGAAUGAGAGUAUGUGGCAGUACACCAUCACCAAACGUCUGAGUCCGAACAUCAUCGAAGUGUUCGGCAGGAAGAAUGGCCUCGAUAUCCACCAGUAUGAGUUUGUCAAUCACUUCUGUUAUGAGCGUGCCAUACACUGGUAUGGCAAGUACUUCCCCUACUUGGCGCUCAUCCACAGCAUGAUCUUUAUGGUGGCCAGCAGCUUCUGGUUCAAGUUUCCAGGAACAUCAUCAAAGAUCGAGAUGUUUGUGAUCAUACUGGGAAAAUGCUUCGACUCUCCCUGGACCACAAGAGCGAUCAGUGAAGUGUCAGAAGAAAGGAGAGAAGAGAGAACGGCCACAUGGAGAAAGAAUUCCAUGACAAAAUCCACAAUAGAUGAUGACACAGUGACUCUGAUCCGAUCUUCUGUAAAGUCCAACUCUGAUCAGAAAUCAGCAGAAACCGCUGCAUCGCUCUUGGAUAAAAAAGAGGGCGAGCAGGCCAAAGCCCUGUUUGAAAAAGUCAAAAAGUUUCGGACACAUGUUGAGGAGGCAGAUCUUCUUUACCUUAUGUAUGUGCUACAGACUGCGUUAAAAGUCUUCAAAUUUGCUCUUAUCACCAUGUAUAGUGUCAUGUCGGUUCCAAACAUCCAGAUUGUGGUGAUGUGCUCGGUGCCUCCAGAUCUCACGGGCUUUGGGGCAUUCUGCUGUAACUAUAAUAAAGCACAUCUGUUCUCUAAAUUAGCAUAUUGUUACAUAUGUUUCGUUGGGGUGUAUGGAAUGUUGUGUGUAUAUUCACUAUAUUGGCUGUUUCAUCGACCAUUGAAAGAGUAUUCCUUUGAGGCCGUUCGAUUGGAGACGGGAAUCAAUGACAUACCAGAUGUUAAAAAUGAUUUUGCGUUUCUCCUGCACCUCAGUGACCAGUACGACGCCCUCUACUCCAAACGCUUCGCCAUCUUUCUCUCUGAAGUGAGCGAGAGCCGGUUGAGGCAGGUGAACCUCAAUAACGAGUGGACGACUCAAAAACUCUGCACUCGUUUGGCGCGCAACGCGAGCGAGCGGUUGGAGCUCCACUUGUUCAUGCUACCGGGGCUACCAGACACCGUCUUUGAGAUUCCAGAAGUAGAAUCCCUCAAACUGGAGAUGAUAAGCAAUGUCACCAUAUCUGGCAGUGUAACACAGCUCAAAACCUUGCAGGAGAUGUCAUUAAUCCACAGUCCAGCCAAGCUCCAGCUAGUGGCCCUCAAUCACCUACGUGAGAACCUCAAAGUUCUGCGUCUAACCUUUGAGAGCCCAGACCAGGUGCCACUGUGGAUGUACACCUUACAGAACCUGGAAGAACUUCAUUUGAGCGGCCCCUUAAGCAAUGAGCUCUCUCGCAGUCCCAACUUGGACACCUUACGUGAGCUUAAAAAUCUACGUGUGCUGACGUUACGUUGUAAACUGACCAAGAUACCGCCCAGUACCGUGGAUGUUUCCGGUCAACUGUUGCGACUGUGUGUUCACAACGAAGGAACCCGACUUCAGGUCUUCAAUAGUCUGAAAAAGCUGGUUAACCUCGCUGCUCUGGAGCUGACAGGCUGUCGACUGGAGCGAAUCCCCAGUGCUGUCUUCAGUCUUUCCCACCUGAAGGAGCUGGACCUGAGAGAGAACAGGCUCACCAGCAUAGAGGAAAUCCUGAGUCUGCAGCACUGUCGCCGUCUGACGACCCUUAGGCUGUGGCACAAUGAUAUUUCUUGCAUCUCCGAGCACGUCUGCAAGCUCCGCGCCCUGGAGACUCUGGACAUGAGCUGGAAUAAGAUCCGCAGACUUCCCGCUCGCCUCUGUUACUGCACCAAACUACGACAUUUGGACCUCUCGCACAACCAGCUGACAUCCCUGCCUUCAGAAAUCGGCAUCCUUCAGUGUCUGCAGUUCCUCUCUGUCGCCUUCAACUCACUGGAGUCUCUCCCUGAAGAGCUGUUCUCCUGUAAGAGGCUGAAAGUUCUAGCAUUGGGGAAUAACAGCAUUUCUGUGUUGUCCCCACGGGUCAUGAAUUUGGCUCAGCUGGUGAGGCUCGAGUUGAAGGGUAACCGGCUGGAGUCAUUGCCUGCUGAGAUCGGCAACUGUAUCUCACUGAAACUAGCUGCUCUUAUUGUGGAAGAUGGCCUGAUUGACCUGCUGCCGCCAGACGUCAAAGGCAAAAUGAAAGACAGAUAAUACAAAUACUGGUUUGACACAAAUGUCAGUGAGAAUUGAAAAAGCUCUGUUAAGCAUGACCAUUCACAAACUUUUAAAGUAUUCUUUGAGUAAAACAACUGAUUUACUUCAAUCUUUUAAAUAACCCAAUGCAUCUGUUAGACAAGCAAUGAUCAAAACUAUAUGAUGUACACUGAUUACAUCAAUUACAAGUGCCUUCAGUUUUUAAGCAUGAUUGUUACACAGAAGGUGCAUCCUGUGCAUUGUUGUAUUUGCAGCAUGAAACACUGAACUUUCACCUGACCGACUAGAACGACUAGAUCACCCGGACGACAGCUCUUAAAAUCGGUCUGCACAUUAGUCACAGUGUUUUGACAUAAUAGCAAUACUGACACAAUAUCGAUAUUAACAGAAAAGCUGUAGUCUGAGGCUUAUAAUUGAUCCGCUGUCAUGUGUUGAGCAGCUGUGACUUCUUCAGAGCAAACACUGCAGGGUAUGAAUGCUGUAGUGGUCACUGGUGAACCGCUAAUACAGGAACAAAUGUAACUGAAAAUAAAUAAGCUAAUCUUUCAUGUAUUACCCCCAGUGAUGUAUAUCCUUUUAACCUUGUUGUCUCUGUAUUUCCUGAGGUUUUCUUCCCAGUUGUUCAGAUGUUUAUAUAAUGAAAUAUGUUCAUUCUGCUGUCAGUACAGUCAUACCUGAAUCAUUUGUUAAUACAGCAGAAACAUGCCGUUACAAUCUGAAUGCUAAAUCAUGCUGCAACUUGUCUCCAGAACAAUAAGCAUUCACUGCACACAGAGUUCUUCAAACAAAUGUGAUUCUUAAGUGACGUGUCUUCCUGGUUAAUGGGUGUGGCUCAGCAGGUUUCCAUAAGUCUGUGGAGAUUCUCUUAAAUAAACACUUCUCUUAUAGAACAGGGGGUUUUUUUGUAGUAAGCUCCAAAAUAAAUAUACAAUGCCAUGUUAAAGAUUUGUGGCUAGA